CCGCAAUCAGCAUCGCCUCGCCCGGACCCCCCUGGAGGGCGCCUGAUAAAGAAGCCCAGCCGUGACUCGAUAUCGCCAAACAAGGUCCCCGACUCGCCUUCCAAGGUUCUGAUUCCUUUUGAUCUCUUUGACCUCGAGUUUCUUGUUUGUCUGCCUCUGUUCUUACUCACUUUGCCGGUCUUUGAUGACACAAAGCUGGUGACUGGUUUCCAGCCGAGCCUUGGUGACUCACUCGAUCUAUAAGUCCCCAUUCCAAGCGCCCAUAUCGAGCACGAAUCCGGGCGCAUUACUCAUUCAUCUCCUGCAUAUCGCCUCCUACCCCCUGGUAUAUACCGCGCUGGCUCAACUGCUACCUAGUCCAGGCAUACACUACAGACAACCUUACAAGAGCGCACUGCGUCUCAUCUGAUAUACCUCCACCAGGCCGUCUACUAUACUAUAACCUCUCCACUCUACGCCAUGUCUGUCUCUUUUGACAAGCCCGACCUGCGCCAGGCUGGCACCGCCGCCAAGCGGGUUUACGACAAGAAGGCCAAAUGGGUGCACGGUGGCCGAACCUCUCGCCCCGGCGUUAUUACCCUUGAUGGUGUUCUCCCAAUAACUCGUCCUGCAAAGCAAGAAUCAACAUCAUGGAACAAGCGCCAACGCGAACGAGACGCACAGCGUGGCUCCACCACCAGAAAGAUCGACUUCCACAACGACGUGCGAGAGGCUCUCGAUGAUGCGACCUCCGACUCAUCCGCCGUUGAAGAUCGGGGCGACCCUGUUGUCGCAACGACCGUCGCCGAAGUUUGCCACGGAGACGGCGUGGCCGAUCCUUACGAGGUGUCGGGGCAGACGCUCUUCAACGACAUGAUCGAUAAGGCGGUCGAGAAGUUCGAGAGAAAGGAGACGGAGAAGCUGGUCAAGGAGUACGAGUUCAUUACUCGGGAGAGCGAGAUCGCCACCGGGUAUCUUGCCGACGAGGACGAGUUUGAGCUCGUUGACCAUGUGAAACUGUGAAGACCUCUUGCCUUCUUUCCUUUUCUCACACGCACAUUUAUAAUAUGAGCGAUCGGACCGGAGUUGGGCUAGAGCUUUUUGAUUCCCAUUAGAUGAUUUGAUUUCGGAGUCUGUUGGCGCUUGAGUUAUCGAUGCGUGCUGCGUUUUUGAUCUGGGACGGUUAUUUGGCUGCGGCACCGACCUAGGAUUCUUCUUUCGAGCCGACGGCGAUGAUGAUAUUGGUUAUUGUUAUUAUAAUCAGAAUGGACAUAUAUAAAUAGCCCUGGGGUGUUUGUGAGGUGUUUA